CGCACAACUUUUCUGCACCGACAUCAACAAACGGAGCACAGGAGCAGGAGGGAGAGCGGAGAGAGAGCAGACUGUUGGAGUGAGAAAAAAGUUCAGAGAUGAUGUUUUAAGAAGAAUUCUCUCACUUUGCACUCCGGAAACUUUUUUGGCUCAAAGCGGUUUGGAUGGUCGGGAAGAUGACAGUGACAUAGCUUUACAUCUUUGGACUCAUUCACCGAGUUUCUUCUGUGAGUAAAUUCGUCUCAAUGAAGAGUCUCUAACCCGGAGUGGCACACUCCUGAAGCCCACAGGACGGGAUGGUGCGCCUGCUGAACUGCCUGCUGCUGGGAUAUCUGACCUGGAAUCUGCGGAUAUCGGACGCACAGGGGGAGUACUGCCACGGCUGGCUGGACGCUAAUGGGAAUUAUCAUGAGGGUUUUCAGUGUCCGGAGGACUUUGACACCAUGGACGCCACCGUGUGCUGCGGCUCCUGCUCGCUGCGCUACUGCUGCGCCGCCGCGGACGCACGGCUGGACCAGGGCGUCUGCACCAACGACAGGGAGGUGGACAACACCGAGUUCGCAGCGCAGCCCAUCUACGUGCCCUUUCUGAUGGUGGGGAGCAUCUUCGUCGCCUUCGUCGUGGUCGGAUCUCUGGUGGCCGUCUACUGCUGCACCUGCCUGCGGCCCAAGCAGCCCACCCAGCAGCCCAUUCGCUUCUCCCUGCGUAGCUGCCAGGGCGAAACCAUCCCCAUGAUCCUCACCACCGCUCCCCCGAGCCUUCGCGCUCCAUCGCGACAGUCCAGCACAGCCACCACCAGCUCUAGCUCGGCCGGAGGAGGCAGCUCCAUGCGGAGGUUCUCUCUCGGAGGUCAGGGGCAGCAGCAGCACGGCUGCCUGGUGUCUGCCACAGUCUCCUCGUCGGCCUCCACCCCCACUCAGACCCCUCAGACUCUACCUCCACCUCCACCUCCCCCCUACACAUCUCCGCCUGCACCCAUGUCAGGAGGCCUCCAACACCCCUCCACCCACGCCCAGCUACAGCUCCACCAGCCCUCGCUGACCUCGCACCCCUCUCAGAACACCGGGUUCCUCCUGCCGCAGCAGUACUUCUUCCCUCUGCAGCCCGAUGCCUUCACAGCAGCCAAGGGCUUUGCAGACUUCGGACAGAGCUGACAAGGCUCCCAGGAGGGGUAAUAGAGGGAUUACAUGAUUUUUUUUUGAUGGUAGGAUGUGAGCCGGCAAGGACAAACACGCUGCAACACAGCUGGUGGUGUUUGGGUGGAAGGCCCGGGCCGGCUCAAUGGACACAGAGAGCGCCAGAGGAGGACAAGGGACAAAGAUGCCGAGGUUGAGCAACGUGGCGUUUCCCCCUCUGCAUCACAGGUCACAUCAACAAACCUGUUAGAGGCAGUUUAAAAUCUUGUGCACUUUUAUCUUAUAGUACAUACAAACCCUCACUGGCCUACAUUUUAUUUUUUAUACAUGUUGUUUUUCAAUGUGACGUCUUACAAUACAGACUGAAAUCGUGCAAAUUUAUCUCACACCUUCCUUAACAGACAGAAAUACUGUAGACGGCAAAGACACUGUCACUCUGAGACUCUGAGCACCGUUACAUUUUUAGAAAUAGACGUUGGAAACCAGGGAAAUAUUGUGUUUUUUGACAAUCGCAAGGACCUCCUAAAUACAGGAGGAUCUGAUACACAAAGGACAUUUUAUUUUGGAAGAAUUGUGUGCUUUUAUAAGAUGUUACAGGCAUUAUAGCCAGAGCAGGGUUGUCAUAUUGAUUCUCUAAUUUACAGCAAAUAAAAUGUUGUCUCUCAGUACCGAACUGAUAAAUGUGAAGAAAAGUCUGUUAAUUUACAAUCUUGACAUUUGAGUGUAAAGUGUGCGCUCUGAAAGAAGCCUCAUCAUCGUUCAAACAAAAAAGGAAA